CCAUAAACAAGAACCUUCCCCACGAAUAACAUCACCACUGUACGGCCGACAUCUGCGGUUUUGAAGCAGAGGGUCAAACAACGGCGUCAAGACUGGAGCCUUAAGGAAAAUAACGGGGGUUCCCGUUUAAAACACCUCAGUCACCACCAACCGCCGGGAUCUGCAUUGAUUCUAAAACAGGCCACUGUUUUGGAAUAAGUGCAAGUUGCCAUACAUCUCGACCACAGCUUAAUCCGCAACAGACCCCAAACGUGUCACCCCCUAAACAAAACAAAAUGGUGCAAAACAAGAUCACAGAAGUAACUGGAUUUCAUCGGUCUUUCAAGGGCCAAAAUCCCUUUGAGACCGAUGAAUUCUCUAAAACAGGAUCCCAUCUCCUUGAUUCGGCCUUCAAUUUUGAUUGCUCUGCCCGGCCAGACAUGCCAGCCAGUCAGCCAAUUGAUAUUCCUGAUGCCAAGAAGAGAAACAAGAAGAAAAAGAGAUGCCGUGCAACUGACAGCUUCUCUGGACGAUUCGAGGAUGUGUACCGACUCCAAGAUGAAAUUUUAGGAGAGGGUGCCUAUGCUCGAGUUGAGACCUGCAUCAACCAAAUUACUAACAAGGAAUACGCCGUCAAAAUAAUUGAGAAAAGACCUGGACACAGUCGCAGCAGGGUGUUCCGGGAAGUGGAAAUGCUCUACCAAUGUCAGGGACACAGAAACAUUCUGGAACUGGUGGAAUUCUUUGAAGAGGAGGAGAAGUUCUAUCUGGUGUUUGAGAAGCUGAGAGGGGGGUCUGUUCUGAACCAUAUCCAUAAGAGACGGCACUUCAGCGAGCAGGAGGCCAGCAUUGUAGUGCAGGACAUUGCCAGUGCUCUGGACUUCCUCCAUAACAAAGGAAUGGCCCAUAGAGACCUGAAACCAGAAAACAUCCUCUGUGAACAUCAAGAUCGGAUCUCCCCUGUCAAAAUCUGUGACUUUGACCUUGGUAGUGGCAUCAAGCUCAACAGUGACAGCUCCCCAAUUUCCACUCCAGAGCUCUUGACCCCGUGUGGUUCUGCUGAGUACAUGGCUCCCGAGGUGGUGGAGGCGUUCAGUGAGGAGGCCACCAUCUACGACAAGCGCUGCGACCUGUGGAGCCUGGGGGUCAUCCUCUACAUCAUGCUGAGCGGCUACCCGCCAUUCGUGGGCCGCUGCGGCAGCGACUGUGGCUGGGAGAUGGGAGAACCAUGCCACGCCUGCCAGAACACCCUGUUUGAGAGCAUCCAGGAGGGGAAGUACGAGUUCCCCGAGUCCGAGUGGGCCCACAUCUCCUCAAGUGCCAAAGACCUCAUCUCCAAACUGCUGGUCCGGGACGCCAAGCUCCGGCUCAGCGCCGCUCAGGUUCUACAGCACCCUUGGGUGCAGGGGGGUGCAAUAGAUACCCCCACCUCCAUUCUACUUCAAAGGAACAGCAGUGCUAGAGACCUGGGCUUCUUUGCUGGCCAGGCGGUGGCCAUGCGUCGGCAGCUUGCGGAGCAGGAGGGGCUGGAGGAGCAGCUGCAGCUGGAGGGGGCCCUGUCCCCCCCGGUGGUGACUGCCGGCGGUGGUGGCAUCGGCAGCCUCGGCCUCGGCUGCAGCGCCAGCUCCGGCUCGGGCACGGGCUCCAUGCGGCUGUCUCCUCCCUCCGGCUCCAAGUUGGCGGCGCGUCGUCGUCAACAGCUGCAGCUGCAGCAGCAGCAGAGGGGCAGUCUGCUGAAGGGGGCGCCCGUCUCCGCCUCCGAGCUGCGCCAGCUCCUCGCACCCCUUGUCAUCAUGGGAGACUGUGCCUAAACCUAAACCUUACCCCCAACCCUCCCAAUUACCAUGCCUAAACCUUACCUUACCCCUCUUGCCCUUACCUUACCCGCCCUUUACCAUUACCCGACCCUAAUCACCUCCCGAAGACCCUCUCCACCUAACCCCUAAAACCCUCUCUACCAAAACUCCCCUAACCUAAACCCUGAACCAACCAAUGUGCCCACUCCCUCACCCCACCCCACCCCACCCCAUGGGCCUCAGAGCCAACUGGACCCCAGCCGACCCCCCCAUCAGGCCCACACACCUCUGCAGCCCCGAGCCCUGAGCUUCAUGCCUCUUAGAUCACACACACACACACACACACACACACACACACACACACACACACACACACACACACACACACACACUAGGGG